AAAACUAUGAUCUUCCCUCUCCUACUACCUGUCUAUAACCACUCUCUACACAGAGAGAGUAAAUAAGAAGCUACAACUACACCAUCAUAUUCACACAGCAUUUUCAAAGAGAGAACCAGAGAAUUAACAGUCAUCGUCCCAGUCAUGUCACGGACGAAACAAACAGCAAGAAACUUUCCGUCAAUAACAGCAUGCAGCGGCUCCUCCUACGAAUCAAUCGCAGCUGAUCUCGACGGCACGCUGCUCGUCUCCAGUAGCUCCUUCCCUUACUUCAUGCUGGUAGCUAUAGAAGCCGGCAGUCUCCUCCGUGGGCUGGUGUUGCUUCUUUCUCUACCUCUCAUCAUCAUAUCUUAUUUUCUCAUAUCCGAAGCCAUCGGCAUCCAAAUCCUUAUCUUCAUUUCCUUCGCCGGCGUCAAGAUCCGUGACAUCGAGCUCGUUUCUCGUGCCGUUUUACCAAGGUUUUACGCCGCGGAUGUGAGGAAGGAGAGCUACAAGGUGUUUGAUAAAUGCAAGAGGAAGGUGGUGGUGACGGCGAAUCCGACGAUCAUGGUGGAGCCAUUCGUGAAGGAUUUUCUUGGCGGGGAUAAAGUUUUAGGUACUGAGAUUGAAGUGAACCCUAAAACCAAGAGAGCUACUGGAUUUGUUAAGAAGCCGGGUGUUUUAGUUGGCAAAUGGAAGAAGUUGGCAAUUUUGAAAGAGUUUGGAGAGGAAUCGCCUGAUCUUGGGAUUGGAGAUCGUAAAACUGAUCAUGAUUUCAUGUCCAUUUGCAAGGAAGGCUACAUGGUUCAUCGCAGCAAAUCAGCAACUCCAUUACCGCGUGAUCGUCUCAAAAGUCCUAUAAUCUUCCACGACGGCCGUUUAGUUCAACGACCGGACCCACUCAAUGCCCUCAUCACCUAUCUCUGGCUGCCAUUUGGAUUCAUGCUCUCCAUCUUACGCGUGUACUUCAAUCUCCCUCUCCCUGAGCGAAUCGUACGGUACACAUACGAGAUGCUCGGCAUCCAUCUCGUGAUCCGCGGGACCCCACCUCCAGCUCCAUCACGUGGAACCCCAGGAAAUCUCUACGUGUGCAAUCACCGUACAGCAUUGGAUCCAAUCAUCAUAGCAAUAGCACUCGGACGCAAAGUUUCGUGUGUUACAUACAGCGUAAGCCGUCUCUCCAGACUCUUGUCGCCGAUCCCAGCCAUCGCUUUAACACGCGAUCGUGCGGCGGACGCUGAACGUAUCACGUCGUUGCUCCAAAACGGUGAUCUUGUUGUGUGUCCAGAAGGAACGACAUGUCGUGAGAAGUUUUUGUUGAGAUUCAGCGCGCUGUUUGCGGAAAUGAGUGACAGGAUUGUGCCAGUGGCAGUUAAUUGCAAGCAAAAUAUGUUCUAUGGAACAACUGUACGUGGGGUUAAAUUCUGGGACCCUUAUUUUUUCUUUAUGAAUCCAAGGCCGGUAUAUGAGGUGACGUUUCUUGAUCGGUUACCGGAAAAUAUGACGGUUAAGACCGGCGGGAAAUCGUCGAUUGAGGUGGCGAAUUAUGUGCAGAGGGUGUUGGGUGAUGUGUUGGGAUUUGAGUGUACUGGAUUGACUAGGAAGGACAAGUAUUUGUUGCUUGGUGGGAACGAUGGCAAGGUGGAGUCGAUCCAUAACUCCAAAAAGUGAAGCUUGAAUGUUUGAAAUUCGAAAUGGAAUUAGGCAGUUUGUGAGGGAUUUCUGUGUAACUUUAUUUAAAUAUAGAACUAUAUACAUAUGGAGACUAUUUUUGAAUUUUGGCUGUAAUGGUUAUUGAAUUAUUGUUCUUCAAAUUAAACUUCUGUUUCCUGUGA